UCACACUCAAGAACCCAAUGCCAGCUGUUCAUGUCAUUUUGAUGAUUUAUUAAAGAACAUCCAUAGCAAUAUCUUCAUCAAUUCAAUCAUUUAGUAUGUCUUUACAAAUCCCUCACAGAGAAAGACCAGGUAGUGCUGCUCAAGCAGCGACAAAGGCUGUUAUUCUGGUAAAUCUAUGAAAAUAGUCAAUUGCGCAAAGGAAAAGAAGGCUGAUGAUGAGGCUAGGUUGGUGGACCAUCCAGAGGAACCCGCUUUAGGCCAUUGUCUUUGGAUCUUCCAAAGGUAUAUCCAUUUCCUACCCCUCCUGCUCAGAAAAUCAAUUAACUGUGCUCAUUCAUAGCCCCUCUUCGAAGUUGCUGGCCAUCCCAUCGUUUGGCACUGUCUCACCGCCAUCGCAAAGGUCCCCUCUAUUCAAGAAGUAUGCAUGAUCGGGUACUACGACGAGUCCGUCUUUCGUGAUUUCAUUAAGGAUGCCGCACAUGAAUUCCCUCAAAUUAAGAUCGUUUACCUCAGGGAAUACCAAGCUUUGGGAACUGCUGGAGGUUUAUAUCAUUUCAGAGAUGCUAUCCUUAAAGGGCGACCAGAACGUUUCUUCGUCCUUAACGCCGAUGUUUGCUGUUCAUUUCCAUUGAACGACAUGCUUAAGCUAUUUGAGGACAGAGAUGCUGAAGCUGUAAUUCUUGGUACCCGUGUCAGCGAGGAUGCUGCCAGCAACUUUGGUUGCAUUGUUUCCGAUUCACACACUCGCCGAGUUCUACAUUACGUUGAAAAGCCCGAAUCGCACAUCUCAAACUUGAUCAACUGUGGUGUCUAUCUCUUCGCAACCGAAUGUAUCUUCCCUUCCAUUAGAACUGCCAUCAAGCGUCGUACCGACCGCCCACGUCUCGUUUCCUACCCAUCCUCCGAGAACCUCGAUUCCUCAUUUUUCCAAGACGAAGAAGAUGUACAAAGAAAUGAAGUUCUCAGAUUGGAACAAGAUAUUUUGAGCGACCUUGCAGAUAGCAAACAAUUCUUCGUUCAUGAGACUAAGGAUUUUUGGAGACAAAUUAAAACCGCUGGCUCAGCUAUCCCAGCCAACGCAUUAUACCUCCAAAAGGCAGCACAAACUGGAUCCAAGGAAUUGGCCAAACCAUCCGCUAAUAUCCUCGGACCUGUAUUCAUCCAUCCGACUGCACAUGUCGAUCCAACCGCUAAACUUGGACCUAAUGUUUCGAUCGGUCCUCGUGCUGUCAUUGGGGCUGGUGCUAGAGUAAAGGAGUCCAUUGUUUUGGAGGAUGCUGAAAUUAAGCAUGAUGCUUGUGUUCUCUAUUCUAUCAUUGGAUGGAACAGUAGAGUCGGCGCCUGGGCUCGUGUUGAGGGAACACCUACACCAGCUAACAGCCAUACCACAAGUAUUAUCAAGAACGGGAUUAAGGUUCAAAGUAUUACUAUUUUGGGUAAGGAGUGUAGUGUUGGUGAUGAAGUUCGUGUACAGAACUGUGUCUGUUUACCAUUUAAAGAGUUGAAGAGGGUAAGAUUUCUUUUCUGAUAUUCUUUUCGAAACUAUCGCUAACGAUAAUAGGAUGUGACCAAUGAAGUCAUCAUGUAAUGCAUCAGUGAGAUUUAUAUGUAUUCGAGAGAAUUUACCAUUAAUACCAUAACGUUUUGUCGAAAUGUUUCCCCUCUAAUUUCUUGAUGUUUGCAAAGUUUCAUAUCUCAUAUCCUAGAU